AUGGCCGAAGUGGAUACCCAGAUCUCGGGUAAAAGAGCCCUAGAUCUCUUUAAAUCAACCCUCAAUUUCAAUGUUAUCAGCAGAUACGACCCCAAAGCUAAGCAGCUCCUAUACACGACUUCCCACUGUGUGAUCUAUAAGUUCAACGACAGCCAGGAAUGGGAAAAGACAGAGUACCAAGGAACGCUAGCACUCUACCUUCGUGCAUUCCAACCACCAGCACCUGGCGAGCCACUCGGGAUUGAACAGCUUCAGAAGCUCUUCUGUUAUGGUUUGAUCUUGUUGAACCGUCAAGGUCCAGACUGCUUUUCAUUGGGACUUGUUCCUAAUAAAGUCACCCACCAUUUCUUUCCCAGUGGUGUUCUGAAUAACGGUAUUCUUGAAAUGGAUGUUGAAAUCAACGAUAACUUGAUUAUUGUGAAGGACUUGUUGGGCGACAUUUAUGGAUUGUGGGUGUUCAAUGAAGAGGACCGCAAGAAGCUUUACCAACUCAUGGAGUUCUGCUUGAAGAAUGAUGCGCCUAUUGCUGCGCCAGGUGCAGCUCAAUAG